AUGAAGUUCCUCACUCUUGCUCUCGCCUUGGCCUCUGCCGCCAACGCCCACACUCUCCUCUCCGAGCUUUACAUCAAUGGUAAAUCUCAGGGAGAUGCUACCUGUAUCCGAACGCCCAAGAGCGGAGAUACCGCCACCUCUCCCGUAGCUGGCCUGACCAGCCAAGACAUGGCUUGCGGCAAGGACGGCAACAUUGCUGCGGCUUACGUCUGCCCUGCCCCCGGCAGCUCCAAGCUGACCUUUGAGUUCCGCGAGUGGCCCGAUGCCCGUGCUGAGGGAUCCAUCGAUGGGUCCCACAGGGGCCCUUGCGCCGUCUACGUCAAGAAGGUCGACGACAUGUUCAAGACCUCUGCCGCCGGUGAUGGCUGGUUCAAGAUCUGGGACGAUGGCUACGACGAGUCCUCCGGCCAGUGGUGUGUCGACAAGCUCAUCGCCAACAAGGGUCUCCUGACCAUUGAGCUUCCCUCUGGUCUCCCCGCUGGUUACUACCUCGUCCGCCCUGAGCUGCUCGCCCUCCACCAGGCCGUCUCCCUCAAGGACCCCCAGUACUACGUUGGCUGCGCUCAGAUCUAUGUUGAGAACGGUCCUUCCGGUGUCCUGAACAUCCCCUCUGAGUACUCCGUCAGCAUUCCCGGUUACAUUGACGGCUCCGAGCCCGGCAACAACUGGAACCUCUACGACAAGAAGCAAAACCCUUCCGGCGCCUACCCCAUCCCCGGACCCAAGCCUUACUCCCCCUCCGGCACCUCGUCUGGCUCUGCUGCUCUGGCUGCCGCUGACAUCCAGGGUGCCAUUCCCUCCGACUGCCUCGUCAAGAACGGUAACUGGUGCGGUAAGCCCCUGGAGAGCUACAGCACCGAGACGGGCUGCUGGGCUCAAGUCGAGGCUUGCUACAACCAGGGUGAGACGUGCUUCAAGUCUGCCCCCGCCACCGGAGCCAAGAACUGCGAGGCCUGGAACGCCGGCAUGUGCAAGGUCAUCGAGGCCGAGUGCCGCGGCAAGAACUUCAACGGCCCUCCCCAGAACAAGAUCAAGGAGGUCACCACCCCUGCCCCCGGCGCCAUUCCUGCUGCCGUGAACCUCAACCUCCUCGGCAGCAGUGGCUCCUCCAACUCCGACUCAGGCGCCUCUGCUCCUGCUCCUUCCAAGACCGCUGCUGCUUCCGCCGUUGUCUCCUCCGCUGCCGCCACUCCCAAGCCUGAGUACGCGGCUGAGGACCCCGUCUCCGAGAAGCCCGCCCCUUCGGCCCCUGCCGCCACUUCUGCUGCUCCCCCUGCUGCCCCCCCCGCUGCUUCCUCUUCCCCCGCCCCCGGCAACGGCUCCGGCUCCAAGGUCUCCACCGACGGUACCUGUGGUGGUGAGGGCGGCCAGACCUGCUCCGACAGCGGCUUCGGCUACUGCUGCUCCGCCAGCGGCAAGUGCGGCAGCAAGAUGGUCCACUGUGGCUGCGGUUGCCAGGCCGGCUUCGGUCUCUGCCUUGACAAGUACCAGAACAAGGGCAAGGGUAAGGGCAAGCAGUACUAA